AUGGCCGCCGUCACGCUCAACGACCAACUCACCCACGUCUUCGCGCCCGCCGAUCCGGAUUCAAUAUCGCACGGCGACCUGCUUGAAGAGCCCGAGUCACCACUCGAAGAGAAUGAGGAUUCAUCUCCGCGCAAACUUGGCAGUACCAUCGACGCCCUACCCAAGCCACGGCCCGAAGCUUCACGCACUUCCACCGACUCUGCCCCUUCUGCCCUUCUCCAAAUUUACCUUGGCAGCAUCUCCUCCACGAGACCUACCAGCAGCCAUCGCAACCGCUCGCCAUACCCCCGCGCACAUCUACGCUCGCGUUCCAGCGGCGCGGCACUCAGCGCGCCCCUCAUGACCCGCGCGCAUUCCAGUCCCGCCGUCCACUCAGCCACCCAAUCUCUCGAGCUUUCCGCCCCUUCAAAUGGCUCGCUUCCCCCAGGCAGUCCAAUGCGCUCUCCAGCACGACAACGCUCACCCUUCAAGCCUCAGGAAGAUAGCAACUACAACCCUCCCCCGCGAUCGCCGAGCUGGUUCGAGACGAGCGGCGGCGGUGCCAUUGAGUCGAUUCAGGAAGAUAGUGAGCUCGCGAUUCGACCGCGACAUCAGUUGUCACAACCUACACCCAUGCUUGCACCAUUCGCGCGGUCGUCUUCUCUACGGCGGCGACCCGCUUCACCUCUCCACAACAGUACUUCAGCUGCUCCACCUACAUCUCUCCCUGCGAGUGUGAUUGAACAGAACGUGCCCCUCAGCAUGUCCUUGGCGUCGUCGGGCUCCAAUUCGCCUUCUAUGGGGCCGCAGCGCUUCAACGAAACUUACCCACCUUUGCAUCACUACGCCAGCAGCUCUUCCUUUAGCAGCAUACCCUCCACGCCGACCUCACAGCGAUCGCGCUCACCCUCGAUAAGCUCUCUGGAGACCAUUGAAGACGCACCGGAGAUGGAGAGCGAGGCGAUUGAGAACGAGCGGAUCGAGAGGCUGAAGCUCGCGGCCGAGAGGGCGGAACGAGCAGAGCGCGGCGAGAACGUGGACGACGACUCGCGACGCAGAAGUAGUCUCGAUGUGCCUCGCGGCUUCGGCUUUAGCAGAGGAGGUAACCGGGAGCGAAAGCGCUGGUCGGUUUGCGGAGGCGAGAGGAGAGCGGAUCUCGACCUGGAGACGAUAUGGGAGGAUUGA